AAAACCAGAGUGGUUGGGGUUUUGAGGCAAUUGACAAUGCCAAUGCCAAUGCCGAGACAGUCCUUCAACACUCACAACCACCAUCCAAUGCCGAGGCAAUCCAUCACCGCCUUUCACCACCACCACCACUAUCAUCUCCUCUUCAUCCUUACACUCUUGGUGUCAUCUUUCUCUUCUUCUACUGCAAACAAUGAAGUUGUUACACUAUAUUCAUGGCUUCAGAGCUCUGCUUCACCUUCUCCAGCUUUUUCCAACUGGAACCCUUCAGACACCAACCCUUGUAACUGGUCUUACAUAACUUGUUCUUCGGAAGAGUUUGUCACUGAGAUAAAUAUCCAGUCUGUUGAGCAAGCUCUUCCCUUCCCUUCCAAUCUUUCCUCUCUUCACUUCCUCCAAAAGCUCGUCAUUUCCGGUGCUAACCUCACCGGAACAAUCUCUCCUGAUAUUGGAUAUUGCACUCUACUUACAGUCAUUGAUGUUAGUUCCAACAAUCUCGUGGGAAGUAUUCCUUCAAGUAUUGGGAAGCUCCAAAAUCUCAAGAAUCUUAUUGUAUUUGAUAAUUACCUAAGUGGGAAACUGCCGGUUGAACUGGGACAACUCUCAAAAUUGGAAUCUAUACGUGCCGGAGGGAACAGAGACAUUGCAGGAAAUAUUCCAGACGAGCUUGGAGACUGCAAGAACUUGCAGGUGCUUGGUCUGGCUGAUACUAAAAUUUCAGGCUCUAUACCGGCUUCAUUGGGUAAAUUAAGCAGGCUUCAGACGCUCGCAGUGUAUACUACUAUGCUUUCCGGUGAGAUUCCGCCAGAUUUAGGGAACUGUACGGAGCUUGUCAACUUGUUCAUGUACGAGAAUGAUCUCUCAGGCUCACUUCCAGCAGAGUUGGGUAAGCUUCAGAAGCUGGAGAAGUUGUUAUUGUGGCAGAACAAUUUUGAUGGAACUAUUCCUGAGGAAAUUGGAAACUGUAAAAGCUUGAAGAUCAUUGACCUCUCCUUGAAUUCUCUUUCUGGAAGCAUACCUCGGUCCUUCGGAAACCUCUCAAAUCUUGUAGAGCUUAUGCUUAGUAACAAUAACAUCUCUGGUUCAAUCCCAUCAGUUCUUUCAAAUGCUACAAGCCUCCUACAGUUACAGCUUGAUACUAACCAGAUAUCAGGAUCGAUCCCUGCAGACCUUGGGAUGUUGACAAAGCUAACAGUCUUCUUUGCUUGGCAGAACAAACUUGAAGGAAGCAUUCCGCCGGCAUUGGCCAGCUGCCGGAGCCUCGAAGCCUUAGAUUUGUCGCACAAUGUACUCACUGGUAGCUUACCACCUGGGAUAUUUCAGCUUCAAAAUUUAACAAAGCUUCUUUUGAUUUCCAAUCACAUUUCGGGUUCAAUCCCUCCAGAGGUUGGUAACUGCAUUUCUCUUAUCCGGCUUCGGCUAGUGAAUAAUCGAAUCGGAGGGGAGAUCCCGAAAGAAAUCGGGUUCCUCAAUAGCCUUAGUUUCCUUGACCUGUCGGAAAAUCGUCUUGUUGGAUCAGUGCCAGAUGAGAUGGGAAAUUGUACUGAACUGCAAAUGCUGAACCUAAGUAAUAACACUAUUGGAGGCACCUUGCCUAGCUCUUUAUCUGCUCUUACCAGGAUUCAAGUAUUGGACUUUUCUGUUAAUCAGUUUGUAGGUCAAAUUCCUGGGAGUUUUGGGAGACUUACUUCUUUGAACAGACUCCUCCUUAGUAGGAACUUCCUCUCUGGUUCAAUCUCCUCUUCGCUUGGCCGCUGUUCAGGUCUUCAGUUGCUUGAUUUUAGCAGCAAUGCACUUUCUGGUACAAUCCCAGCAGAAUUAUUUGAAAUUGAAGCUCUUGAUAUUGCUCUGAAUUUGAGUUUCAAUGCACUGUCUGGUGUGAUCCCACCUCAAAUUUCUGCUCUCAACAAGCUCUCCUUGCUAGACCUUUCUCACAAUAAGCUGGAAGGUGACUUGAUGGCACUAUCGGGGCUUGUGAAUCUUGUUUCUCUGAACAUUUCCUACAAUAAUUUCACAGGUUAUCUUCCAGACAGCAAGCUGUUUAGACAGUUAUCGGCAACAGAGUUGGCAGGGAACCAAGGAUUGUGUGCUAAGGGUCACGAUGCAUGUUUCCUAAGCAAUGCUACAACAAUGAGCAUGACAAGCAGCCGUGGUGGUUUCAGGAGGUCACAGACACUUAGACUAACCAUUGGAUUGUUAAUUGCUCUGAUAAUUGCAUUGGCAAUUCUCGGGGCUGUCGCAUUUUUUCGAGCACGGAAAAUGAUCAGAGAUGACAAUGAUUCUGAGAUGGGAGAGGAUUCAUGGCCUUGGCAGUUUACUCCAUUCCAGAAGUUGAACUUGUCAGUUGAACAAGUUCUGAAGUGUCUAGUUGAGCCCAAUGUUAUUGGAAAGGGUUGUUCAGGAAUUGUUUACAGGGCAGAAAUCGAAAACGGGGAAGCGAUUGCAGUAAAGAAGCUCUGGCCAACAACAAUGGCUGCUGGAUACAAUUGCCAAAUUGAAAGGUUAGAAAUCAAUAGAGGAAUUCGUGAUUCAUUUUCAGCUGAAGUAAAAACUCUUGGAUCUAUUCGGCACAAGAACAUUGUAAGGUUCUUGGGUUGCUGUUGGAAUCGAAACACAAGAUUGCUAAUGUAUGAUUACAUGCCCAAUGGGAGCUUAGGUAGUCUUCUCCAUGAAAGAAGUGGCAACUGCUUGGAAUGGAACCUGAGAUAUCAGAUUGUAUUGGGGGCAGCUCAAGGUUUGGCUUAUCUACACCAUGACUGUGUUCCUCCCAUUGUUCACAGGGACAUUAAGGCCAACAACAUUCUCAUUGGUCCUGAAUUUGAACCCUACAUUGCUGAUUUUGGGCUUGCCAAGCUUGUUGAUGAUGGAGAUUUUGCACGGUCUUCCAACACUGUUGCUGGUUCCUUUGGUUACAUUGCUCCCGAGUAUGGGUAUAUGAUGAAGAUAACAGAGAAGAGUGAUGUGUAUAGCUAUGGUGUUGUUGUUUUAGAAGUGUUAACAGGGAAGCAACCAAUUGAUCCAACCAUACCAGAUGGGCUUCACAUUGUAGAUUGGGUAAGGCAGAAGAGAGGGGGAGUUGAAGUGAUGGAUGCAAGCUUACGCGCUCGGCCGGAAUCGGAAAUCGAGGAAAUGUUGCAAACCUUAGGCGUGGCUUUGCUUUGUGUAAAUCCUUCCCCAGACGAUAGGCCAACCAUGAAAGAUGUAGCAGCAAUGCUCAAAGAGAUAAGGCAUGAGAGAGAAGAGUGCAUGAAAUUUGAUAUGCUUCUUAAUGGGUCUAUUGCAAAUGAAAGACAAGAGAACAAUAGCUGCAAUGGAGGUCCAUCAGAAAAGAUGGAACAUUCAUACCUUCACACCAACAACACAAGCUUUUCUGCAUCAUCAUUGCUUUACUCUUCUUCCUCCAAUGCUAAAACAACUUUCAAAUAGUUCAGAUCGAGUUCCUUGGAUUUUGUUUCUAGACCAGUUUAGUUUUCACCAAUCUGGUUUCCUUAUGUUAGAUAACAACGUUUUAAUAAUCAGAAUAAGCAAAUAGUUCAGAUCG